AUGUUCUUGGUUCCAACGCAACAUCAGUUCGUUGACAACCAAGCUUCACUGCUCUCUUCAGGCUCUCCCCAGCUUGGAGGUUCUCGCUCAGAAGCUGCUGCCAUCAGUUCGCUUCUGUCGUCCAUCAGCACCUCUAUGGAACGCAGUGCUACCGAGUACUCGCAGUCAGGUUUGCCUUCGCCUUACCCAAGCAACUGCGGCGACACCCGUUCUGAAGGUUCUUCUGCAGAUCACGCAUCUGCUGCGCAAUACGCGACCCAGCAAGAGGUUCGCCCCAGCAACUACUCUACCUCGGCCACUCCCACCUCCGAGUACAGCGUCUACCCGCCGUCUGCGCGGUCAGGAUCCUUCCCUGAACAUAUUCAGCGAUCAUAUCAUCCAGCUAGCAACCACAACGGUAGCAGCGGAGGCAUGGCGCAACAAGCAAGCAGUCCGUCUUUGCCCCAGCAAGAUGGCCGUCACCAUCAGGUCCCUCUGGCCAAGUCUGACCACGAUGUACCCAUAGAUCCGUCGAUAGCGGCGCCGAGUCCUACCUACGCGUACGGACAGCACUCUCCGUACGGCCCUCCGCCGGGAGACAUGUCGCACUCAUACCAGCACCCUUACGCGCAACCCCGUCCCGACUGGACCGGCUACGGUCAGCACAGCGCCGGUCCCUUGACACCCGCGAACCACGUUUUCCCCCCGACGCCGAGCUCAGCUCCUCCCCAGGGACGACCUAACCAGUUUGGACAUCAGGUCUAUUCUUUCGUUCCGAUUCCCGGUGCCCAGCAGCACAAGCGACCCCGCCGACGAUACGAAGAGAUUGAGCGCAUGUACAAGUGUGGCUGGAAUGGCUGUGAGAAGGCCUAUGGUACCUUGAACCACCUGAACGCGCACGUCACAAUGCAGUCCCAUGGACAAAAGAGAACCCCAGAAGAGUUCAAGGAGAUUCGCAAGGAAUGGAAACAGCGCAAGAAGGAGGAGGAGGCCCAGCGAAAGGCCGAGGAGGAGCGUCAGCGUCAAGCCGCCGCCGCUGCCGCAGCAGCUGCUCAGAAUGGUUCCGCUGACCCCCAAUCCGGCGCUGAUGGAGCAUCGUCGGCAUCCGCAUACGGCACCAGCCGUCAGGUUCAGCUCCCGCCCAUCGGAUAUCAGCCCUCGCAGUACCCGGCACCCCCUUCCGCAGGAGCCGUGGCCCAGCAACCUCUCCCCGAGUACAACGGAUCUCACAUGUACUCGGCCAACUACCAACCUCAGUCACCCUACGGCCAGCCAAACCAGAGCAUGUACAGCUCACAUAACGGUGGUCAGACCACGAGCCACUGA